UUAUGUCUCUACUAACGCAGCUGAUAAAGUGAUAACUAAAGGUGAUAACUCACUGAUUGUCUACCUACCUUUGUUAAUCAUUUGUUAAUUGUUGUUGCUACUGAUAAGUAAUAAGUCAAAGUGGCUGUUAAACGUACGGUAAGUGUACAAGUGGCGGAAAAUGAAUGUAGUGAAAUCUACCAUCAAUGAAACAUUGCGAUUGAAAAAUUUUUGUUAAUCACGAAAAUCUUGGUUGCCAGUUUAUCUUCCAGUGCAAGCAAUUCUUUUCCUUGCUUUUUCUUUUCUUUGCAUCCCUACUUUUAUUUCUCCAAGUUGAAGCAAUCCACUCACUGCAUUGACAGUAUUUUAAAUAGUGGAGGCUUUCACUCUCAUCAGCAAGUUUUAACAGCAUAAUCUUUCCAAGCAAUGCAAGCAAAUUUAUUCCGGAGGUUUCUUCCCGCUUUGGUUUCCUGUUCUUCUAUCAAGAGAGGAACUUUUCUGACUCUCAAGCAGGAGAACUUCAAUUUUGCCUACAACACUCGUGUGCAGCUGUUCCAGUCCUCCGUCCCAAUGAGUGCUUGUAAAAAUGUCGGUUUUGCUGAGUUUAAGGAGCUUUUGGAAAACCCACAAAAUAUUGUGAUUGAUGUCAGAGAAAAGCAAGAGCUAGUUGACGAUGGAAGGAUCGAGAAGACUCAUAACAUACCCUUAGGCGAAGUCACUCAAGCCUUACAACUUGAGCCAUCAGCAUUUGAAGCAAAGUAUGGAUUCCCAAAACCUAGCCCUGAUAGCAAUCUUAUCUUCAGCUGUCGUUCUGGAAAGAGAAGUUUAAAUGCUUGUGGUAUAGCUGAAAAACAAGGAUUCAAAAAUCUAUGGAACUACAGCGGAGGGUUUUUGGAUUGGAGCGAACAAACCAAAGGUAAAUGAGCCAUCAAGAAGGCAUUUCUUUAAAUUGUUCUCGUCAUUAUGCUUGGCAUGUAAUCAGAGAUAAGAGAAAAGACAUGGUGUAAUGAGAACAGAAUUUGCCAAAAUUAUGGAUGCUGAGUAGAUUCUGAACAGUCAUAGAGUUAUCAUUAGAGAAAAAUGGAGGAUGCUCAUUGGUACCAACCCAACAAAAAACAUCAGUGAAGGAACUAAAAGUACGUCACUACAUUAAGUAUAAAUUUGGAAACAUUAUAUUAACAGGAAAUAAAUUCUAUGGCUUAUUCAUAAAAGCACCUAUUUGUAGAGAGAAUCAAUGAAAAUUGAAUUGUUCUCUAAGUGAGGGCAAAAGUUAGUGCCUUUUUGUGUAAUUUUAUUCAAUUAGUGUUACAUGCCUUUUUAAUUUCAACUUCAAAAAAUUGUUAGUCUAUUCUGGUCGCAGGAAUAGCGUAAGGAGCUGCUAUGAGUGAAGAAAAGACAGAGUUUAACAGAUAUGCACCAAGUCGCAUCAAGUUUGAAAGGAGGGAUAUGGGUAUGAAAUUCUAUCACUCCACUAUACUCAAUAUUAAGAACAAAGCCAAGCAAACAUUUUUACAAAUAUUUCAGUGUGGCACUGAAGAGUGAAACUCCCUGAAGAGGAAAUUUGCACUGUGUUUCGAGCUAUUUAUCUCUUUGAUGAGAAUGUCAAUUUUAUACCGAAAUAUUUAGUGUACGUUUGCAGAAUCAUCCACGCUCUCAAAAAAGCUCAAGUGUUGAGCCACUUACACCGCACUCUGUUUGGAAAUAUUUUCAUGUUCAAAAUAUUUUUUCCUGACUUUGAAUUUUCUAUAGGAGAAAAUUGAUUCCUAGUCGAAUUAAGAACUUGACUCUUGACUUCGUAGCUCUUUUCCCCCCAAAAUGUGCUAUAGUGUGUGCCUGUUAAACUCGCUUUAAAUUAUUAUUAUUUAAUUUUACUCAAUUCUGCUCCCUUUCAAUCACCGAAGGCAUAACAUGAGCAAGUUAACAGUAGAUAGGUCACCUGUUCAGAUUUUUUAAAUUCUUCUUUAUCAUCUGUAAGUUGUAAGAAAUUUGUUUAAACAUUUAGCGGAGCUUUAACACUGGUGAAACUAAGAAUAAGGUCCUAAAAAAAUGCUGUUUGUAACAAAAAAAAAAGAUGCUUCAAACUUUUUACUAAUUUUCUCGGCAUGUAUUGUCAGUGUUACAAAUUGAAAUCUUAUAUGCUGUACUUGUGUCUGUGAUCUAUAGAGAGUAUCUUAAAGUUAAAGUUUUUAAUUUUAAACAUUUGUAGUUUAUGCUUGUUAAUAAAUCAAUUUGAAUUCAAAAA